AUGCUCUGGCCACUGAUUGAUGUCAGGCUGACUGCUACACGUGCAACUACAAUGGUCAUGCUCCGUUUUCUUCUAUUUUUUCAUCAAUUUUGUUUGUUAUUUUCCUCUUUUAUAUUUCUUUGUCUGUCUGUUUGUUUGUUAGUUUCUUUCUGUCUUUCUUCCCUAUUUAGAAAUGCCAAUCACCCUCGCUUCUUCUUUAAUCCACUCAUUAGAUAUCUUUUCAUCUUUGUUAUUUCUUCUUUUUUAGCUUCCUUUUUUGAUUUCUUUUCUUCUAAUCUUUUUUUCGUUUUCUUUAUUUGUUUUAUUUCCUUUCUAUUUCCUAAUCUCCUUUAUCGUUUUUCCUUUUCCUUUUUUAUCUCUUUCGUGAUUUUUAAAACUUUGCUCUUCCUCUCUGUCUUUCUUUCUUUUUCUUUAAUUUCUUAUUCUUUUGCCUUCAUCGUUUUUACAAUUUUUACAGUUUUUAAUUUUUCUCUUGUUUAUUUUUCCUUUACUCAUUUUUCUUCACUUUUGGGUUUUCUUUGCGUUCAUCUUAUUCAUUUAUAUAUCUGUCUUCAUUUAUAUUUCUUUUUCAUUUUUUUCUUUCAUAAUAUUUUUCUUUAUUGUUCAUAUUUGGCAUAUCCUUUUUCGUUUUCAUUUGCUUUUCGUAUCUUUUCAUUUUCUUCUUCCUUCCCGCCUCUUUUCUAUUCAGUCAGUCUUUUGUUACCUGUUUUCCUCUCAUCCAAUUUCACAUUCUUAUCAAUAAAUUAUUAUGAUUAUAUACUUCUCAUGUACUUAGACUAA